CAUGAAUGACUUGCUUUGGGCUGGUGAGGAUGUGGUUCAGGAGGAAUUGCGGCACCUGUGUUCCUCUUGCAGAUAUUGGACCAAUCGCUCUGAGCAAAACGUGCUAACUGCGUGGGAGAUGGACAACAAAAGGCUUUAUGAGCAGGCUUUGGACAAAACGGGCAGUGAUUUGGACAAACACAUUUUUGCAGUGGGCCAGAAUCCCAAGCAUUUGUGGAAAGCUUCGACGAAUGGGAUUUUCCCAGCCUUCACUGCCACCGACAAGAUUUUGUGGGUGAGGAAGCAAGAUAGGCCACUUACAGCACGUGAGAAGUUCUCUGCACAUGGCUUCCCUGUUUUGCCAGAGUUAGCAAGCUCUCUGGGAGUAGAUGUAUUUGACAUGUCUUUGCUGACGCGACCUCACAUGGCCGUGGGCAAUGGCCAACACCUGGUCUGUGCAGCUAUGGCGCUGGCAUCUUUUCUAGGAUCUGUGCAACUAUGGGGGGACAUGAAGGAAACGCCACAGCCGGUGCCUGGGCCAGUCCAAUUGACAAGGAUACCAACACAACCAGAUGGACGCUGUUUCUUCACCUGCAUGUUUUUGGCCAUGAACUGCACUUCCAAGCAUCAGAAGCAGUGGAUGAAUGUGCAGAGAAACAAUGUUGGUUUUCCACUCGAGCCUGCCCGAAUGGAAGUGGAGGACAAAUUGGUUGCAGAGUGGUUCACGGCGUGGCUGAAGAAGCAUGACGAUGACAGCCCAUUUUCACGGAGCGUGAAGCAAACCUUCAAGACCUAUACGACCCCAGGCGAGGCUGACAUUGAAUGGCUUGUCAAGAAAUUCAAUGUACAGUUAGCAAUCUAUGGGAAAGACCUGGAGCAGCCGAUGCAAAUCUGCGGGGAUGGAGCAGUGACAGUGAUGGUCUCCAACGUAGGUUGCGAAGAUGGUGCUGGCCAUCAUGCAAGCCACUUUGCUCUAUUGGUGCCACAAGCAAACCUAGAGAUGGAUGAGCUGCUGGAUGAGCAGGCAGAGUUGGAGAAUACCGAGAACAAGGCUGAGUUUGAGAAUGCCAAGAAGACGUUUCCUUACAUCGACUUCUUUGAAUCUGGGACCGAGUUUUCCUGGGGCGAUGAUUUCAGGAAAGACCUGGUCUCCAAGUGCAAAGAGGCAGGCCUAUGCGCAACAGGCACUAUGGAUGUGCUCAAGGGUCGCCUGGUCGGCGCUUGGUUCAAGUCCGCUUCAGCAAAAGAGGUUGGCGCCUAUGUCAGAGAGUGUGAAAGCCAUCCGCCUUCAAAGCUUGAGGCUAGCAAAGCCCAGCCAGCAUCUCAACCGACUGUGGAGCCCGCUCAAGCCUUGCCUGCUCUGGACCCAGCUCUGAAAGUCAACAAGAAAUCGGUUACGCUGGAUAUUUUUGGUUACCGCUCCAAGAUUUCAGUGCCUCAAGAUGCUCCAACCCUCGUUGAUGCAGUCAACUUGUGUGAGCAGCGCAGGCUUGCGGCAGUGAACAAGCACAAAAGCCUGACAACUCUCAAGCGGCCAGAAUUGCUGAAGCUUUGUGCUGACAGCUCUUUGAGCAAGAAGGGCAACAUGCAGGAGCUCCGGGACCGCCUGACUGCUGAAUUCUUGAAUUUGGCGACAACAAAAGACAUUGAGUAUUGGGUGAGGGUCCUCAUGAAGGGUAAGUAUGCUACACUGGCGCUUGGUUUCCGCUUCUUGCCGGAUGAGAUGAAAGCUUGCAAGAGGGAUGCUGCAGGGAUAUCCAAGCUAGCCAGGGAGACAUCAUGUGCGCAAAUAAGCCAUUCCAAAGAUAUGGCACGGAUUGCAAAGGAGAAAAGGGAAGAACAGCGCAGAUCAGGCGGUGCAGCAAGGGAGCGUUUGGAAGAGAAACUCAACCAAGCAUGCAGCAAGUCCACUGAGUUGGAACAAAAGAUCCAAAAGUUGCAGCAGGUGGCAAAGAAACUGUCGUCUCAGGAACUUUUGAAUGGAGAGAACGUGGCAGGAUUUGAAUUGAUGUCCAAGCUUGGCCUUGACAACGCUGACCCAUUUCUCAGUGAAGCUUUGCCAACUAUUGUCACCAAUGCCUGUGAAGACUAUCCAAAUCAGGACGGUGAGCCUUUUGCAGGUGAUUUUUGGAAUAGACCCGUGCCGGCGCAGGCUCUUCUGCAGUACACGUAUUUCUUUCUGAAAGAUAUUCAGGAGGCAUACAAGAAGACUAGAGAGAAGUACACCAAACUGCAGGCCCAGUUUGCCAAGCUUACUGACAAGCUUGAUUCUACCAAAGCCAAAAGGAAGCAACAUGCAGAGACGGGGCUCAAGAAGGUCGAGAAGAGCAGACAACCUGAUGCGCGUGAACUUCACUUGGCAAGAAGGAAUCAGAUCAACAGGGUCAGAAGAGGUGUCAAGAAGCAGAAGAAAGUCAGACCAGAGGAGUCACUUUCAGAGGUACCAAAAGCACGGAGAGCACUCACCAUCUACCAAAAGAUGCAAAUUGUGAAGUAUGCAGAUGAGGUGGAGCAAAAUAUCCCAACUCUAGAGAAGAGACAUCCAGCAGCCAGAGCAAGAGGCAAGGUGGCUUCUGACCAGGUGAGAUGGAUUAGGAAAAGAAAAAAGGGAAUUGACGUGCAGGCUCUUUGCAGGCUCAAGUUUGGAAGUCUGCUUGGCGGAAUCAAGGUCUGCGUGUUGCGCAAGCGUGCGCGAUUGCAGAAGUGGUCUUUGCUGACGGAGGCACAACAGCGGAGCAUGUUCAGUCUAACGGAUGAAGUGAAACAAAGCCUCAAGCUUGGCGCUGACACCAUCAAGGGCUGA